GUUCUUUUCUCUUUCUCUUUCUCUUUCUCUCAUUAUUCUUUUCUUUGUUCUCUUUAUAUUCAUAUCUAUCCCACUAUCACCCCCUUCUAUCUCUUCGUUGCCCACUUCUUAGUCUCUCUUUUGAACGCGUCUCCUUCCUAUCUCCUCAUUGUCAUCAUUAUCCUCCAUUCGCACAUAUAAUCGCACUUUUUCGCCUCUCGCCUCUUUACCCCUCAUUAAAUUCAUCUGCACGCGCCACUUUGUACAUUUCACCUCAUUGACAGCAUGCCUCAUUUCACUCUACUAUCCAGCUCCACACUACUCCGUCUCGCCUUCGCCCUCCUAUCGCUAUUCUGCAUAACUACGUUCCCCACUACCCACGCUCAAAGCAAAAACGGGAAAUUUCAGCCAACGGUCUCCGAUGGGACCUGGAGCUCGUUCGUCGAAGGCAUGGGACUCUACGUCUUGGGAGCAAGCACAGGGAGCCAAGGAGAUAGAACCCAAGCCUUCAUGAUCGACCUCUCAACUUCCUGGAGCGCAUCCAAACCAGCUUACAAAAAACUGCCCGAUUUACCAACAGGCCCGAAACAAGGAACAAUUGUCCCUGGCGCCAUUGCAGCCGACAACCAGACCUGGGCGAUCCCAUUCGUUGACGGUGUGCAGACCUUCAAUAUUACUACCUCUAAAUGGCAGCGAUCCAGCAAAUUCAACUUCAAGGUCAACAGCAACUACAGUAUCUCUGUUGCUGGGCCCAGCAGAGACAUUAUCUACGUGCCAAAUGGGGUCAUCGGCGGUUCCGGCCUCCCGGAGCUGCUGAGGUUGGAUAUGAACACAAAUAAAUAUACCACCGCUCCUAUGGCCCCAGACUUGCAGCAAUCAAUGGGGUUCUCGGCUGCUUGGAGUGACUCUAAACGAAAGAUGGUUGUAGUUGGAGGAACCGCCGACAAGCAGUUUGUUUACAACGACAUCUUCAACUGGAUGCCUUUGGUGGCAGAUGGCGAUAGACCUACUCAGCGGUCGUAUCCCUGCCUUGUCCCGUUCGAUGGAGGUAACAAGAUGAUUCUGUUCGGAGGCAACAGUCUUGAUCUGACGACCAGCUUCAGAGAUAUAUACAUACUGGAACUCAAAGACAGCAAUACAGCCAGUACAUGGACAAGUGGACCCGAAGCCCCGGAAUCAAGAACAUCACUUGCAUGCGCCGUCUCGAACGGGUAUUUUAUCGCCUGGGGCGGUCUGACAAUAAAAAACGACAACACUCAACCCGCCAGCACCAUGCAAUACGCCGGCAACACGCCUCUGAUCUACGACAUCAACAAUCAAACCUGGGUAUCCCAGUACAUCGCUCCAGUAGUGCAGCCAAAUGUCACCACAACCCCUUCUCCCACGUUUACAUCGCUCGCACCUAACGCUACCAGUACUGUCUCCAACACCACCAUCACCCCUACUACCUCUGAAUUCAUCUCUCCUACCACCACUGCUUUCACCCCUCAUCCCACCAUUAUUCCCACUUCGUCCGCCGACUUGUCAAGAUCAACAUCAAGUUCAGGGAUCACCAAACAUCUCCCUUUGAUCCUGGGACUGGUUUCGGGUGCCAUAGUCUUGGUUGUAGCCGCGCAAGCAUUCGUUCUAUACCGUUCCCACAAGAGACGAAAGGCGGAAAAGGGCGACCCCUACAGUAAGAAGUUGGCCCUUUUGAAAGGCAUCCCAAGUUCGGAUUUCCCCCCCUCUGGCCCCUCUCCGUCUACAGUACACCACACUCGACACAGCCCCACUGUAUCGGAUUCCUAUCGAUCGAGCCCUGGCGUUAUGUCGCCGAUGCUUACUGAGAGAUCGAAUAUGUACAACCCAAACUACCAGCCGCGGUCUCUUACUUCUGAGGCAUACUACUCUAAUACUGGUUAUAUUUCACCGCCGCCUCCUGCUGCUAGUCGGAACGAGAUGAGACAAAGCUCCAGGCACAGGUUGCAUCGCAGUGAUGACGACUUUUUCAGCCAUCAAGGCGAUCCUUCAUGGCAGUCGAAUUAUGACACUAGUCGACAGCACUCCGUAUUCAAAGACAGAUCCCGGGGCGCCGUCCCUAGCUCUUGGGGUGGCUCACAGUAUUCGCGUUCGCAUUCGCGGUACGAGCCACCCGGCGGGAUGAGGCGAGGCAUGCAAGAUGGAGGUGAUUACAAUCGAUUUCCGCAGGAUCCAUACAUGUCGUUUCCGAAGGAAUCUAUGAAGGAGAGACGCAACGUUCAAGCAGGCGAUUUCGGAUCUCAUCGCGCGUCACAGCACCCCCAUGCGAUUGAGGGCUACCGUAGCGAGGAGAGCUUUUCGCAGGGCCGUUAUAUGGACAUGGAUGACUCUGCAACGGUGAUAAACGACGAUUAUUUUGAUGACUAAUAAUAUAGAAGACUCGACCUACAAACCCUCCCUCCUCUUUUUUCCCUCUUUUCUCUUUUCCUUCCCUCACAUACAGCACCGCUGAAAAACUAUAGAAUAAAGUCAUGACCACGAUAUUAUAC